AUGUCUCGCCUCCUCCGCCUCCGCCCCCUCCUAAACCCCACCCACCUCAAACCCUCAACCUCAAUCCCAGCCCGCCUCUCCUCAACCUCAGCCUUCUCCCGCGGCCCCGCGCCCCCUCGCCUCCCAGCAGACCAACAAGCCGAGUUCGAGCGUCUCCAGCGCCAGGCCUCCGUCUCGAGCGCCUUCCAACACCUCGUCGAAGAGCAAUCUGACCCUCCCGCCGACGCCUCGUCCACCUCUGCCGACUCAUCCCCCUCCCCAGUCGCAACCGAAGCGACCACAACAGCAACGGCGACCGAACCCGCUACCACUGCGACCGCGACCCCCACGAUCGCGGCGACGGACGAAGACACAAUGCACCCAAACUACGUCCGCGGCGCCCCCGCAGAGUUCGAGGGCGACGUCAACCCGCGCACCGGCGAGGUCGGCGGGCCCAAGCGGGAGCCCCUUCGUUGGGGGUCUGGCGGUGAUUGGAGCUACAACGGUCGCGUGACGGAUUUCUAG